AUGCUCAGAACUUCUGCAUGGCAAAAGACUCUCAUGCGCAAAUGCCAUUGCAAACAUCCUCCUAAUCAUCCCGCCUUAUCUUUACCCACCAUCAAUUUACCUCCCCACUAUCCCCACCACAGGUUUUUCCAUGUAACCCACUCCACACAAUACGGCCGCCCGUUCCGCAUUUCUCGUGGCAUUACUACCCCCAAGGCUUCUCUUAAAGGCCUUCUCACUGCCCUCGCAAUCCUCGUCACUUCAGCCUCCGGCUACAUUUUUGUCCAAACACAACUUUUCCAUGAAAACGUCUUUUUCCCGCUUUACGUCACCCCCAAAGCCCGCCACCCUGUAGGCAAGUUUGUUCCCUCGUCUUCCUCUACCCUCGUAGACUCCUCCCAGCUACUAUUGAAAGAAACCUUAUGCGAUGAUCUCACAGAUAACAAUUCUGUCAGAAAACACCUUCUCGCCCAAUUGUACAAACGCCUGGCCGUAGACGAAACAGUCUCGUCAGUUGUUGGCAUGCCCGUCACAAGACUCCGCGAUUUUGACGAGCUUGAUGUCCGCGUUGUAGCAAAACGCUACUGGGUUGUAGGAAUCCAAUUUCUUUCUCCGGUUUCCCCACUAGCAGCCUCCACAGAUGACUCCUCUGCAACCCCACCAUCCUCCCAAUCAGUUGCUCCAAUAUACAAGUUUGUGUUCCGCAAACAAGCAAGAGUGUUGCACACAGAUUCGGUUGCAUCUUUUUUCCGUUCGGCAUUUGGGCGUGAUCCCAUAGGUACAACCGGCGACGACGACGAUGGGAAAAAGGGAGGCGAUGCAAGCCACGAACUUAACACGAUUAUCCAGCUAGAAGGCGACGUGCCACAAAAUGUGGGCGAGGUAGGUCCCCGGCCCGGUUCUAAACGGCGGCCAGGAGAAGGUGAAGACAAUGGACCUGAAGGCGAAAAUGAAGGGAACACAGAAAAUGGCAAAAAUGGCAAUAAGAAAAAGAACUUGGAAGACUUGAUUCCCCAUAAAAACCAGAUCCAAAUGGUGGCAAGUGGAAGUGUGACGAUUCGUGGGCCUGGAGGGAUCCAUCGGCACGGACACCAUAACCAUACAACCAGCAAUCAUGACAACCAUAAGCACCAAAAACACAGUUUCCUUUAUGAUCAGGUUAUUAUAAAGGGUACACGUACAAAUCUUCAUGAAGAAGAUGACAAAGAAGAUGAAGGAUUAGGUGAAAAGAGUAAUGAUGAUAAUGAAAGGAUUACAACAGCCAGUAUUAGAAUAACAGAUGGAGAAAAAGAUGACGAAGCAGUUACUGAAGCUAAGCUCGAAUUUGUGGCAACAAAAAGCUUGCUACCCAAUGAAGUCGGGAUUCGCUUCUUGUACACGGCAUUGGUGUAUACUGAUCCACGGACAGGCGAGUCUGUGAGACAGCGGUUAUGGUGA